UUUGUGGGUGUAACGUGUACUACUGGAGAGUUUAAUGAGUGCAACAUGGCUUCUAAAGACAGUAACCUGUCAUCAUUGUAUGCAGAAUUAAAUAAACAAGGACAAAAUGGAGAAUAUGAUCGAGCAUUGAAGACAGCAAAUAGAAUUUUGGGAAUAUCUCAAGAUGAAGAAGCAGCCUUGCACUGUAAAGUUAUUUGCUACAUGCAAUUAUCGAAAUUUAAUGAUGCCCUUCAGCUUAUUGUCAAGAAUGCGAAACUUACAGCAAAAUUGGAAUUUGAGAGAGCUUAUUGCUUGUAUCGAAUGAACCAAGUUCCGGAAGCUUUAAAAAUUGUGGAGGGCAUUCAAAAUCCUUCGUUGAAAAUUAAAGAACUCAAGGCUCAAAUUCUUUAUCGUUUGGAAAAAUAUGAAGACUGUUUUGCAGUUUAUCGGGAUAUUAUUAAAAACACGACGGAUGAUUAUGAGGACGAGAGGGAAACAAACUUGUCAGCUGUUAUUGUCAAUUUAGUUAGCAAUGAUUCCAGUGUGGAAGUACCUUCACUGAGGGAGCACACUUACGAAUUAACUUACAAUGCGGCUUGUCAACUGGUGGCCCAAGGAAGUGGAGGCGAUAAAGUAAUUUUAGCCGAGGCUGAGAAAAAGUUGAAAACCGCAGAAAGAAUGUGUCGUGAAUUACUCGAAGAAGAUGGCAUGACAGAGGAGGAAAUCGAGGAGGAACUUGGCAUUAUAAAAAUUCAACUCGGCUAUUGUCUUCAACUUCAGGGCCGCGAUAAGGAAGCACAGACUUUAUAUACAAAUGUUUUAAAAACAAAACCUAAUGAUAUUGCUCUACUCGCAGUGGCCAGUAACAAUUUAGUUACUCUAAACAAGGAUCAAAAUGUUUUCGACAGCAAGAAACGAAUGAAGAGUGCUACUCACGAUGGUUUGGAGCAUAAACUCACUAUUCCUCAAAGACGAAGUAUCGCUUAUAAUCAGUGCCUUCUCGCUUUAUUCACUAAUCAGGGAGAACAAUGUCAUCAGUUGUGCAAUAAACUAAUUAAAGAUUAUCCUGAAUUAACGUCGAAUGCAACGCUAGUGAAAGCUAUGCAGUUGAGUAAGGAGGGCAAAGCGAAGGAAGCUUCGAAAUUAAUAACCGAAUGCAUGACUGGAGAGAAUGAAUUAUCUAUGAAAUUAGCAUGCGUACAUUUACUCUUGAGUCAGGACGAAAGGAAGGAGGCAAUUAAAAUUUUGGAGAAUUUCAGCGAUAAGGAAAGAUCAUUGCCGGGAAUUGUUAGUGCUCUCGUCACUCUUCAUAUGGCUGAAAAUAAUCGUGAGAGAGCUUCUGAAAUUCUCAAGGAUGCUGUUAAUUAUUAUAAGAAAAAUAAGGAAAAUACUGGAAAUUUGGGCACGCUCUGGAGGCAGGCUGCAGAUUUUCAUUUGCGUGGUGGCGAAGUCACUGUCGCAGCUGCCAGUCUGGAGGAAUUACUCGCAGCAUCACCAAGUGAUACAAAAACUCUUGCUCAAUUGGUCAUUGCCUAUGCUCAAUUUGAUCCGGUGAAAGCUCAACAGUUGUCGAAACGUCUACCACCACUUGAUCAUCUUACAGAAAAUAUGGAUGUCGAUUCCUUGGAAAGUAGCAAUUGGGUGAUUGGCAGUAAAGUUGUUAAAGGAAAAGUCGAACCUUCGCCAGGAAAACCUCCAAGUUCCGACGUAGCGCAAAAGAAGAGCAGAAAACGCAAACGUAAAGGAAAAUUGCCGAAGAAUUACGAUGCGAAUGUUGAUCCUGAUCCGGAAAGAUGGCUACCAAAACAUGAGCGAAGCGGUUUUAGGAAAAAGAGAGAUAGAAGGAACAGAGAUGCCGCGAUGAAAGGAACCCAGGGAGCGGCAAUGGGAGCCAGCGAUCAAUUUGACAUCACGAAGAUGGCUACCACAAAACCAUCUCCAAAUCCCCGUCAAAGUCCUGCAGUUGAAACUUCUGGUCCUAGACAGCAACAGCGUAAAGUUCAACAGAAGAAAAAGAAAAAAGGAGGAAAGUGGUAAAAUAGUUUUCAUUUAAAUAAGAAAAAUAUUCACUUUUUUAGAAUAUCAAAAUAAAUUUUUAAAAAAUUGCAAUUGGUUUACAAGGUUUAUAUAUUCAUUUUCUGGAAGAUGGAUUAAAUUUUAUGUUACUAAUAAGAAUUUGUAUAUUAUUAAAAAAUUUCAUUUUAUUAAUGAAAUCUUUCAAUAUCAAAACAACUUCAAACUUUAGUAUUUUCCAAUUUGUAAAAGAAGCAUAAAUUAGUUUUAAUUUUUUAAAUAAAACACGUUCAU